AUGGCGCCCGCCGGCUUCCAGUCCGGUCGAAGCCAGCAAAGCCGGCUGGCGAACCGUGGCGGCGCUCCAAAGGCGCACAAACGCCUCCAUUUGACGCCACUGCAUCUUCUCGCGUUUUCCUUCGCCGCAGGGCUUUCCCUUCUGCACUCGCCCGCGUCGCCCCGCUGGGCUCUCCUCGCGCCGCUGCCGGCCAUCGUCUCCACGGAGGCGGUGGUUGCCGACGUUGUGCGACGCGCCAAGGACGCCGUCGGUCACGGGUGGCGAAACGGUUCUCGCCAAAUAGCUGAGCAGUUUGGCGUCUCUCACGCGUAUAUGAAAACUGUUUUGCCGCGGUCCGAUCCCCUGGGUUUCGAGAAGUACAAGCUCCUCGCGAGCCGCUACGCAGAGUUGACGCAAGAAAUCCGCGACGCAGCAGGCACGAAAGAUUUCGAAGCCAUCGUCAAACGCAGCGGGCGUGAGCAAGAGGCGCUCCUCGAGGAGGUAGACAGAGUCCUGGAGCAGGCUCUCGACCCGAGUCUCCGUCCCCAACUUUCUGGCACCAGGCACGCUCGGCGCGGGGCGAACGCGGCGCACCGCGAGUCCACGGGAUCCGCUUCUUCUUCCCGGACGUCUUCUGGCCGCGAGCGAAGCGAACACAGCCGGUGGGGGUUGCCGCCCGAAAAGCGCGUGCAGAGUGUCCGCAGCGCGAGGCCGGAGGGUUCCCAAGUGCGACACGGGGACUCUCCAGGUGUCGACGGAGGAGACGCGUACGGGAUUGAACUCACUCCCGAGCAACGCCUGGAACGGGGCAGUCUGCUCCAGCGGCUGGUCCUGGUUUCGUACCGUCAGAGACAGGCGGCCUCCGAGGAAGAAGCCACGCGCCUGGAAGAGACGAAGCAGCGCUUGCUUCACCAGUUAAUGGAGUUCGAUGCGCGCGUGCAAAGGCAGAGAUACGAAGGCCCCAGCAGCUUUUUCAAUAGAGAGGACGCGAUGAAUCAGGUCAUGGAGGAACGGCUGCGGCGAGAACAGCACGUGGCGGCACGGAUGGUUGAGGCGGAGAUGGUGCUCGAGGAAACUGUAAGAAGUCUUGGAGACGCGCGCGCCGUGCUCACGGAGCUCGAAGCGGUGCCAGGCCACGCAGCACAGAUCCGUGAGAGGAUCAGCACGAAGCUGGACGAACUCAGGGAGGCGACAGCUGCGCGCGAAGGGUGCGUGUUGGACGCGUUCAUCCUCUCUGGAGGCCUCGAGAACGAAACUCAGAACCUGGUUGCGAGCGCGAGGGCCCGCGGCGGAGAGAGUCUCGGACGUGUCCGAACCGCCUUGAGCCGCUGCGCAGCCGGCGUCAACAGCCUGGAUGCGCUGAUACGCGAGGUCGGGGGGAUCGAAGACCCAGGACUUCAAAGCCGCGCACACACGUACUCGGAGCGAAGGCACGUCAUGCAAUUUGAAACUGCUCAGAUCCAAGCUGCUGCGGAACGCAUCGUCACCGAUAUGGAGGUGAAGCAGUUGCAAUUGGAAACGGAGGCAGGCAAGCUUCAAGAGGUUGUGGGGGCGAUCUCGGAGGCGUGUUUGGCUUUCUUCAAGAAGGAGGAAGAGCGCUUGCAGGCCGUUUCGAGUAAAGUUGCGGAACGCGUGACUCCACUUCUCGCAGCUCUUCAGCGCAUUUUCGAAACCGCCGCUGCUCUUGGUCAGAAGCAAGACUUGGAAGCGGCGCAAGCGGCGCAGCAACAUCUCGGUCGCGCGAGCGCCGGUGUGGACCGAUUGCCCAGCACGGCUCUGCCCCCGGCCGAGUCGGUUCCGGAGAGCCAAGAAGACACCGUAGAAUUCAAGGCUCUGAAGCUCCAAAAGGAACUGGAGCCGAUCGUGUCUGAAGUGAGCGGGGUGUCGACCGACGCGCGAACGGCGGAGCGCCAAAUCAUGGCACUGAUGGCGGCUGUGGCGACUCUUCCCGCGGAUGCGGGGACCGCUUUAGCCACGAACAUCGCACGAGUCCACGACGCGAUUACCAGAGCUGAGCAAGGUGUUGUCGCUGCGUUGAGUCAAGCGCAGGCACAGGUGUCGGUGGUGGUCUCAAAGGCUCGCCGAAGUCGUCAGGCUGCUGCCAGCUUCGGCGCAUUUCGUCUGAUGCAUCCGACGUCGUGGCCAAGUCCACAUUUGCGAAACGACGGAGCACGGCUAGGUCAAAUGAAUGCGGAUGCAAGGCUGCGUCAGGCAUCUGCGUGGACAGGCCACAAUUAG